AUGCCUCUGGCCUGGGCGCUUCUGCUGCUCUUGGGCCUGAGCGCCCGCCGAGACUGGGGCUGCCUGCAGUGUGACCACUCGGUGCAGGAGGCCCUGAAGCAGCUGCGCCUCGCCCUCAUCCCCAGCCGGUUCCAACAGGGGCAGCUGCAGGCCCGCGCUCAGGUCGUGCUGCGGGGCAUGGAAGGGCCUUUCUUCCGGGACUACGCGCUAAACGCCUUUGUGGGCAGAGUGGGGAUAGACCAUCUGGACCUAGUGGCGUCCUUUGUCAAGAAUCAAACAAGCAGCUUAAUGGCUAGUUCUCUGAGAGAUGAGCCUCUGCUGGAUGAGCUGGUGACUCUUAGGGAGAGGGUAAUCAAGGAACUCAAGAAAGUGUUAAGAUCAUAUGAAUUAAAAGCCUGCGAUCCCAAAAUUUGCCGCUUGCUGAAAGAAGAAGUCCUGGAUUGUUUACAUUGUCAGAUGAUCAGUCCCAAAUGCAUCAAAGAAAAGUACUGUUUCAUCGACGGGCAGCCCCGCAUGGACCUGCAGUAUCAUAAGAAAAAUGAAUUCCAUUGGAAUCCUGGCCUGACUGGCAGCAUCAUUUCCGUGUGUCUGGCUGUCUUGGCCUUCGGUGUCAUUGUGGCUUCGGCUAUUACAUACAGGCGAAACCGAAAACUCCUGCUUCAGUAG